GACGGAGCGCAGGCGGCCAGGCGGCGUUGUGGGGAACAUCACGAUCGGGUCUUUGCCUUGGGGCCUAAUGCGAAUCCACUGAACAAUGAAAAAGUCAUGAGGUUUGAAGGAAUUGGUGAUAUCUUAAGAAAGCAAAGGACCGAAUGGUGAGAAGUGUGGCUGAACCGAACGCUAUCCCUCAGCUGUCCGCUUUGAAGAAGUGAGGAGUAAGAAAGGCUUCUGAAAAACGUAGCAGAAUACUUAUAAUGGCUACGUUAUUUUAUCGUUUUAGUGUUUAAGUCGGAAAAUUUUACCUCUUUGGGACCGCCAAAUAAGCAUUUAUUGUUUGCUUGUUCAGAUAACUCUUCACAUUCUCAAGCUAAAAUGCAGCCACCUUUUUUUGGAAAAGUUAUGGAGCCCUGUGUUUGGAUGCUGCUGGUCUAAAGACCUCCUCUGCCAGACCAUCUUCCUGCCUGCCUGUCUGCUUGCCUGCCGUAAUACAAUUUGGAACGUGACGGCUUCCAUUUUUAUAUCCAAUGUCAGGGAACAGUUACACACCUGUUACCUACUACACAGGUUGUCAAGAUGGCAAUGUUUCACCUAUUCAUUCCCAGACGGGUGAACCAAAAUCAGUUCAAGUUCUUGACAUUAGUCAACCUAUAUCAUAUGAGUCUUUUACUUCUGACCCACGACAUCUAUAUAUGAGGCAUCUAGAUCCUGUGUAUUCCACUAUCAUGAGAAAAGAUGAUAGGAUGGAAAGAAAAACGUGGGACUUUGAACCUAGCCCUUUGGAUAGAGAAAUAAAACCAAUGCUUUCUUCAUCACAUAAUCCAAUUAAAUUAGAACCAGACCGAUAUGACCGCCAUGAUUUGGAAAGUUCUUGGUUGGAAAAGCUGCCCUAUGACCCUUCCAUGGCAAGUCGUAAUGAUACAAAAUUAAGUUUGAAUACCAUUCCUAUAUCACCGUAUUUGCAAGUGGCCGAACGAUUUGUCAAUGAACUGAGUGAUCCUAAAGAUUCAUACGUUGAUUCCCCUGUGGACACAGGAAGUCAUUCUCAAGUAGAGAUGAGCAGUUUGCUACCUGUGGUAUCAGAGCAGGUUGGUCUGGCAGAGGACAUAAGCGUCAGUCCCAGAGGUGAUCAUGAACACAGACCGGGGCUUGAGGAAGAUGGAAGUAAUUUGACAUCAAAUUCAUAUCCAAUCAGUUUAUAUGCAGGUGUUAGUACAGGCACACCCUCUGUAAAUUCUGAAGCUAGUGUCAUAGUAUCAACUAGUAUCCAUAUCAACAGUUAUGGACAAGAUCUUGGUCAAGAUGCGUCACAAGAAUUGAGCCCUAACUCAAGCUCUAAUACAUCUCUUCAAGAGCCACCAUUAGACAGAUUUGCUUGUAAUUCAUGUGAUAAAGUUUUUGUGAACCGGAACAAGUUAUCUAUGCACAAGCGAGCUCACCGAAAGAAGCACAAGGUACAGCAGAAAGCUGUCACUGAUGCAUCAAAUUCAGGAGAAUUGAUGGGAGAGAUUAGCACUUCAUCUCAAGAUCAGAAGCUGUCAACAGAUAAUGAUGGUAGUUCAUUCAUUUGUUCUACAUGUGGUCGUGGUUUUCGACUGAAAAUGGCAUUAGCAUGUCACAUGCGUUACCAUGCUGAGGAGCGUACCUAUACGUGUAAUGAUUGUAAUCUGACCUUCUCUAGCCGUUGGGUAAGAAGUCCUCAGCUUUGUGACAAAUGCAGACAUGGUCCUGGUGCUAAACCUGUUCCAAAACCAUGCAGGUGUGAACGUUGCGGUAAAUGCUUCAAGGAUGCCCGCUUACUGCGAGACCACACACGAUCCCACACGGGUGAGCGUCCAUUUGCCUGUCAAGUUUGUGGGAAAACCUUCGCUCAGUCAGGUACAUUGUAUCGCCAUAAGCAGGUGCAUAGUGACAGUAGGCCAUAUCGUUGCACACAGUGUAACAAAUCAUACAAGCUGAAAGGCCAUCUCACUGUGCAUGUCAAAUCUCACACAAUAUAGUCCGCUGUCAUUUUUGUGGUUUUGUUUAUGAUUAGAGUACCAUAUUUAUGCUGUGAUUGUCAGCUAACUAAACUGUGAUUGUCCAUUACUGUAGAAGUUGAGCUGUGAUUGGUAUUUGUUGAGAAAAUGUUGAUGGGUGUGUGCCUGCAUCACUGGUGCUCUUCUCUUAUACAUCAGGCAGACUUAAGUAAGAAUUUUUGUCACUUUGGAAAGUCCUCAGGAAUUGGAGUUUUCUUGUCUUUGCUUUUUAUUUUCAUUUUCCAUGUUUUUUUCAACUUUUCAUGCCAUGGGGACCAAUUGGGAGGUGCUGCUUUAGGCUUGCAUAGGUCACUAGAGUGUUGGAUAGAUUCCCAACCCUUUUGAAACUAUGCCAUAGAUUUGUAAAUAUUAUAUUCCUGGGCAAGAAAUUUUGGUCACCUGUGAAGUUUUCCUUUCUAUUUUGAUUUCUUAUUUCGCUUUUCUCAUUUUUCUUUGUAUAGUAAUUUACUACUUUUUGCUUUCCAUUUUCAUCAUCUUAGAGGUAUGUUGAGAAAGGGAGAAAAUAAGUUACCUGUAUCAAACCUACUUAAAGUAAAAAUCUGAUAGGUUGAAGAGAGAAUGCUCAAGAUCUCAGUCUAAGAGCUGAUGUUAGUGCACUAGUGAACAGGCUGUCACCAUACAGCAGUCAGGGAGGCCAUAUUUGAUGUGGUCAUUGAUAGAGGAUCUGUGAUGGUUAUGGUUACCGUUAAGGUUUAAAUCUUCGGCCAACACCAUGGCGAUGUAGGCCUGUGGCCUGUGAUAAUGUUCCACAAAUUUUGCUGUGAAGAGAGUAAGUCAUAAGAGGUUGAAGCAGGAUUGUGAUAGUUAGUGUAUUGCUGGCUAACAAAAGUAUCUUUUAAAAUAAUGGCCAUAUUCUAUUAAACAAGUCAAAGCUGUUGUUUUCCAGCAUUAAGUAUUCCAUUCAGGUUAAAUUUGGGAGGUUUUUUAAAAAAAAAAUCUUCUUCUUGUAACAUAAACCUAGUGAUCUAGCUCGAAGAAUUCAUGGGAAGCUAACGAGAUGAAAUUUUACAACAUGACGUUGUAUGCACUUUGCGUAUCAGAUAUUUAUAAAUUUAUACCAUAAUGUUUCUAUGUACAUUGAACUGUUUUUGUUGGUAUUUUUUUUUUUUUUUUUUUUUAAGGUGUUUUUCAAUUGUGUGACAAGGGAGAUUCCCUUUACUGGUCAUUUUUGAGCUUUUCUUCUUUUUCAGUAGUAGUUCAAUUUUAAUAUAAAAUCCAAGAGGGAACAGUGUCAAAGUCUUUUUGACAUGAUGGGUAUGGGAUUGAAAAAAAAUCUUUUAAUAGCAAAGACUGGUGUGAAUUAUACACAGAGUACAUUUUAAUAUGGGGCUAAACUGUUUGCUCAUUUGACAUAAUAUUUCAGUCUUUCUGAUAUAAUAUGUGGCCAAACUUUCUCUGACUAAUUUGAACACCAUACAAGUUUUUUGGCUCAUGUGUGAAGUACCUAGGCUUGUUGGAAUAGUUUGAAAUUAACAUUAAUGUAAUAACUAUGUCAUUGAAGAUUAUUAGCUUUCACUUUGUAAGCUAUCAUUCUACCUUGAAGGGUACGCUGUCAGUUAGCAAUAUUUUACCAAAAUAGCUUGUUGAGUGAACGCCUCACCGGUUUUUAUUUUCUAAUAGGUUUUUAAACAAAUGUAGAAAGUUUUACUGAAUCUGGUAUGCCACUCAAUCUACUGUUCUGGAAAAUUAGUACUGAUUGAAACCAAAAUAUGAAAUAUAAAAACAAAAACUAAAUUUCUCAAUAAAAAAGACAAUUAUAUUACAUCUGUGUUGCCUUGUCAACAGAAUCUCUGUUCUUUACUUGUGUCUCAGGGAUUACAGAUUUUCCAAAACUUUCACCUUUAUUGAGCUACUUACAGUUUUUCAUACUAACAAGUUUCUUCCUUUACUGAAAGUAGUUUUAAUUUUGUCUUAUUAUUUUGCUAAAAUAAUUGAAGUAGACCAUUUAGGCCUUGGAAUCCUCUAUUUGAUUGUUGUGAGAGAAUGUACAAGAAGUACCUGUGAUUUUAUAUUUUUUUUCCUACUAGAGCUGUUUUCUUUUUAAUUUUUCUUAAGAGAUGUAGUGAUGUAUUUACAGGGAUAUAUUGGGUCACCCUUCCGUGGUUCAUCUCUGUCAAUGUUGUGAAUAAUAUGAUGUCAAGCAUAACAUAUGUAUCAGCCCAUUAUAUCCAUGUCGAUGUAUCUUUGCUAAUUAUGUUGUAUUGUCUUUGUUAAAAGUUUCCUUUUUUGUUAAGAAGUUUAACUAGCACCUGACUUUCUUUGAUCUUGGAGUAGGGCUACCAUAAUCUUUGAUGUUAUGAAUUUUAUCUGUUUUCUGAAUAUUUCUUUUUUUUAAACACUUUCCCUUUGCAAACUUUUAAAUUUCCAAAUGUUGGUUUAUGAUUCAUCUUACAAAUGAAAGGAUUGGAUUGCUUUGAAUCUAUACCCUCAAGAUAAUCAAUGAUGUUGCAAUGUUUGACCUCUUUGUGCUAUAUAUAGUAUGAUUUUCGAGUUAGAAAGAAGUUAUUGUGACCCCAUUAGUGAAAACAGUAAACAGUAAACUUAAAGCCGCCAAUGAUGGGUCGACUUUGUUCGGCAAACACUCUUGCUUUUUGUAAAUCUUAAAUCCACCUUUGCAAUAGUCACAAUUUCUGAAAAUAUUAUAUCUUUAAAUAUUUUGUGUUGAAGUUAUUGUGACCUCAAUGACAAAAUUGUGACGUUUACAUUUCUUUCAGGUUUGAAUAUGACAGCUUCCCAUCCACAAUGCUUUGUAAUGUUUCAAUGGGUCAAUUUGGUGUAGGCAUUCUUCCUUUGACUAUUUUAAGGCGUGCUUCAUAUUUCUUUCAAUUUUUGCUCUAUUCAAAGAAAAACAUUUUCUACAAGAUAUUGGCUGUGUCAAAAUAUGCCACAUUUGUGUGAUAUUUUGGAUUAUUCAAAUGUAAGGACCUCAUUUUUUAAAAAGAAAUAUUGUUGCCUAUUUCACAAUGCUACUUAGUCAUGCACCCCAAUUUCGGUUUAAGUAAAUAUUACUGAUGAAAUUUUGGAAACAUAUCCUGUGACAAUUUCUAGUAUUGUAUGUUCAAUGAAAAGUUCACAAGGAAGGCAUUGUGAAGUAAAUGUUUUGCGUUCUAACUGAAUGUGGUUAUCUGAUCUUCUCUAUAUCUUCCUCUUUCUUUUCAUUUUAGAAUUCACAUUGUCAGUUCGGGUUACACUUAUUUUCAUGUUGUUUUAUUUGUAAAUGCUUUCAAAACCUAAGGCCUGUUGAAUGCGGCUGUGUUACAAUGUGGGCCUCACAAAAAUGUUCUAGGGGUGCUUGCAAACGUUUAAAAGAAAGAAAACCAUUCUUGUGAUUUCUUAUCUAAAUUCCACCAUCUGAGCAUUGUCUUCUCCCACACCCACUUCUAAAAGUAAAUUUUACUUACAGUCCACCUUUUAUUAAGAAUAAGAAAAAAAUUGUAAUCAAAACUUUUCAAAACUAGGUGAAAAAAGAUUCUUCUUGAUGAGAAAGUGCACAAUUUUACAUACGGUGAAAGUGGGUCACUGUGUUUGUAUUUGGUUAUGGUUUGGGAAUGGCUAAGGAAGGUGUGGUGAAAAAUAAAGGCCCUCCAAGCCAAAAUGUUAGAAGCAACACAUUUUGCUUUACAUCACAUGUCUCACCUUAGAACUUGCAAUGCUUUCACAGUAGCUGGUUAUUGGAAAAAUAUUGUUUAGCUAUUACUCAAAAGUUAUGAGUGCCUACAUUUUUCUCUAUGAAUAUUAAGGCUUAGGCUUAUUGCAGUAGCUGCAUAUCUUAUCUAUAAAGUAAGAAGAAAAGAAUGUAAAAAAAGCUGCAUGUUUUAAUUAGACUCCUCUUUUAUUUUACUGCUCAAUGUGUUGUGCAAGCUUUAAAUCAAAUUUAUCCAUAUUACGUUUUUAAUACCUCAUAGUAGAAAUGCUUCUUAGUCAUGAACUAUUUUAGGUGCUUUGUUUUGUUAACCAGUUAUUAGUGUGAUUAUUCUAGUACCUCCCAUUGCUUUUGUUGUAAAUAAUCAAGGAUUUUCAAAACCAAUCUACUUUGUUACUUUUAGUUGGUAGAUUUAUUCCUAGGAUCAAAGUGCACGAGCAAGGCCUUAUACUUGUAGCUAUUUGCUUUUUCUUGUUUUGCUGGAAGUUAGUUUAACUGUGGAGAAGGACUAUACAAAUUUUAAGAUUGAAAUAUCAGAGGUAGUACGUAUUCAACUUGUAACUACUUUGCCUGGAUAUUGUUGAGACAUUGUAAAUAGAUAGGUGUGCAAAACUUCCAGUCAAGGCAUAGUUAUCUAAUUUUCCCCACAUUUUGUAACAGGAUAGUUUUUGAACAGUUGCCAAAAAAAAUAAAAAAAAAAAUCUAUUGAGCAAAUGGUGAAAGUAUACAUGUGCUGUGGCUGUUCUAUUUUUUGGUGGAUGAAAACCCUUAAAAAGUGCUAAUCGAAUUUUUGUCUUGUGUGCUUGUAAAAUGUGAUAUGCUAUUGUGUUAAUUCUACAUCUCUCUGUGGGUCUAUUUGCCUAUCCAUUUCGUUGCGAAAAUAAAGAGAAUAAAUGUCAAUAGAAAACA